AUGGCGCUCUACGAUCCGAAAUGCGCUGAGAGCAGGAGCGAGGAGGCAGUGGCGGUGGCCGCAAAGAAUGUCGCCGGUGGAUUUAUGCGAGCGCGCGCAUUCGAUGACAUGUGGACAGCGGCCGAGCGGCCACUACUCUACGCGUUAUGUGCGCCUGGUACUCUUAGGUCAUGGCUGAGGUGGUCGACACUGUCAGGUUGUGUCGAGAGAAUCAGACAUCGCGGCUCGAUACCUCGUCAAUCUACCGAAGACGCGAUCGAUCCAAUUAAUUAG